AAUAAUAAAAAACUGAUUAUGUUGAAAUGGACGUUUGGAUUACUAAAAUGACUUAAAUAAAAAUGCUAGGGACACAUGAUACCAAUUAAUACAGUUUUAAGCCAAAUAGUGAACAGUAAAAACAGAUGAGAUGUUUAACAAUAUAUAAAAUUACCUGUUCAUAAGGACUUUGAAAUAAAACAAAAAAACAUAUGCAAUAGUCUUCGCAUAAUAUUGACUGAAAUGGAAGUUCAACCGGUAAAUGGUGUGUUAGACUUGAAAGCCGGGACAUCAGUAUGCAUUCAGUGCGGGGAACAUUUACGAAACGAUCAGAAGUCUGAUAAUAACUUAAUCAGCGAGAAUCUAGCAACGUCAAGCACGCAUCCAAGUAGCGCCAUUGCCAAACCGAAAGUGUCCCUGGUGGUUGACGAUCCGUACGCGGACGAUGAUGAGGAGGAGGAGUCGAGGAACACCAACCAGUUGCUCUACGUACGCGCAUGCACGAUGUUCCGGGUGACCCCCAGCAGCCACUUCCUGCAUAGCGUCGCAGAUAUAGAUGUUUCCAUGGACCACCGGCCAUUAGGCGAUAGUGGCAUCAAGCCUAUCGCCACGACCCUAGUGACAAACAUGACGGUGAAGCGGUUAAGCCUUGCGUGGACGGGAAUGGGCGUGGAGGGACUAGGUCACGUGAUUGAUUUGCUACAGGCCAACACAACCAUCAAGGAAUUGAAUAUUUCGAACAACGACAUAGGCCCAGUAGGCGCACAGAGACUUCGGGACGAAUUCGUCAGAAACUCAUCUAUCAUAGCGCUGGACAUCACCGGUAAUGGAUACAGGGACGACGACGCAAGGUUCUUGGCUGAUAUUAUACAGGAAAAUACUGUUCUAAAAGAACUUCGAAUUGGCAAGAACUCUUUAGGCGAGAAAGCGGCGGACUGCUUUGGACAGGCUUUAGGUCAUAACAGUACGUUGAAGAAUCUGGACCUGAGCUGGAACCACAUACGGCACCGGGGCGCCAUCACCUUCUGUCAGGGGAUACAGAACAACUCAACCCUAGAGACCCUCAACCUUUCUUGGAACGGAUUUGGGUUGGAGGGAUGCCACGAGCUGGGCAAGGCGCUAAAGGUUAACAGGUCAAUUACAGAUCUUGACCUCUCCGCUAACAGGGUCAACUUUGACUGCUUUAAACUGAUCCUACGAGGGCUCAAGAGAAACAAUUCAGUUAUAACAUUAAAGAUCGGCCACAACCCGAUCACAACGGACGGUGCUAUGGCGAUACUACAAGCAGUAUGUGAUGAUAGGUGCAAGUCCCUUGUCUAUCUAGACAUGGCGGACGUAUCCGUUGACGGUGAAUUCUUGUCACUACUGUCGCGUGUACAGGGCCGGCGGCGACUGGUGGUGCGGCACGGGACGGCUCUCCGGCACGAGGACCUUCGGAAGGGGGAGGCACCCGUAGUCCUAGACACAGAUGAUCCGCUCACAAUCCUGUUUGAAUGUGUCAAGACCCGGAACUUGAGGCUUAUUGACCUUCUCAGGAAUUUAGACAAAGACGGGAGCGACACAUUGUCACGGGAGGAACUACGCCGGGGUCUUCAGGAAAUAGAUAUUCCAUUGAGUCAGCGAUCGUUGGACAUUCUGAUGAGCAGACUGGACAUAAAUAGGGACGGCCAAGUGGAUUUCAGUGAGCUACAGACGAGAUACAAGGAGCAUAUACGGCGGAUAGCGCGCCUCCACAGGGACGCGGACGUGGAUCUGAAGAACUAUAAGAACUUUGACCGCCUGGAGCAGCUCCGAGAAAUGGUCCGAGUCCGUCUGUCGUUCUCCACUGGCCUAAACAGAUAGCACAAUAUUGGUCAUUAUUGAAAAUUUGGUUGUACAGAAUGUUUGUUGUGUUGACUUAAAAAACUUAGUGAAAUACUCCCAAAUUAGAAGAAUAAUGAUUUUUACCAAACCCUGGGUGGUUUGAAAACACCAACUGGUCAGAAAAAAUCCGAGUCUACAUUUAGCAUCUACAGUAUGCACACAUUAUUUCAAUAUACCUGUGUUUAUAUCCCAAUAACCUAGAUUUGAACGGCCGAUAAUUGAACUAGCUAUUAUUUAGACUGUUUGAUGAAGAUUUGACAGGGAAACAAGGAUAAAAUCAUGUCUGUGUUGUAUGUCCCACACAAGACUAAUGCUCUCAGUGCGGCCGAUGCC